UAUCUGUUAGCAAGUUCAGCGAGGCUUUCUAUUUGCUAAAGCUUGACUGCAAGCUGAAGAAGUCUCGGUUUUGGGACGACGUGCAGUGUGAGAGACUCUACGGUCGUCAGAGGGUUCAAAGGUCCCGAAAUCAUCUUCAUCCCUCCGGGAAAAUGAGAGCCCUGGCGUCUGUACGGACGCUUUGCCCCGACUUCCUCAGUCCCCUCCCAUGGCGUCGAGCUUCGAACCUCAGAACCUUCUCUUCUGCUUCGCUUUCUUCAUCUCCUUCCGACGUCCUGAACCAGUCUCGCGGCGGCCUCCCUCGCUUCUUCUCCGAAGAUCUUCCUUCUCGCAAGGGUGGACUUGUUCGUGUUCGGGGCAGCGAGUUUUGGCAUAUGUGUAAAGUUUUAAGACUGAAACUGGAUGACAGGGUAGAACUCUUCAAUGGAAAAGGGGGUUUAGUAGAGGGUUGCAUACAAAGCAUUGACAAAACUGGAAUUGAUUUUAUUGCUCUGGAAGGUCAAAGGGUGAUUCCUCGUCAGGGCAUGCAGUGGCAUGUGUUCGCAGCUUUUGCCACUUUAAAAGGUGGUCGAGCUGACUGGCUCAUAGAGAAAUGCACGGAACUUGGGGCUAGCAGUGUAACUCCACUUUUAACAGAAAGAUCUUCUUUGAUCUCUGAAAACCGUGUUGACAGACUGGAGCGUGUUAGUUUUGCUGCAGCUAAACAAUGUCAAAGGCUGCAUCAAAUGGUGCUGAAUACUCCAAUCAAAUUCAACGCUCUUUUGGAUCAUAUUUCCCAGGCAAAGCUAUCUUUGGUUGCUACGGCAGAAGCUACACCUCUUCUCAAUGCAAUAAACUCGUCUUCAGAAGAGUCCAGUGGUCUUCUUAUCGUUGGACCAGAGGGCGACUUCACGACAAAAGAGCUCGACAUGAUGCUGGAAGCAGGCGGUGUAGCUGUUGGACUCGGGCCACAUCGGUUGCGAGUCGAGACUGCAACCAUUGCCCUUUUGGCCACUCUGAUGCUGUGGUCUGAUUCUCAACAAGGUAACCAAUCCCUUGCACUCUAACUUUUGACAACAUUUGUAGUCGUUUUUU